AUCACGCGACGGGCGUAUUUUCAACAUGCCUUGAAGCGGCGCUUCGAAAACUCGACAUAGUGUCGACAUCUCAGUAUCGAGCGGACUGUCACUAUUGACUGGUCAUUCAGGUGGAAGACACGGGACGAGCAAGAGAAAAAGAAAAAGCUGCUGUCCGCUAUAACAUCUUGAUGGAUGUGAAACAGGAGACCUGUGAUGUUGACACAAAUAUGGAGGUAGCGUUAAAUAUUAAGGAGGAGGACUGUGAAUGGAAGUCCAUCUACACUAAACAGGAAAGUCUGAGCAUUAAGGAGGAAGACAGUGAACUGCAGUCAGUGGGCAUUAAAGAAGAACCUGAAGAGAAGUCUGUCAGUAUUGAGACGCAUGACCAUACAAAUUUGAAGAGUGUAAAAGAAGAUGACCUUCAUCAUGGGUUUCAAGAUGGAGUCGUGACAGGGUUAGACUCUUCUCAAAGCAGACAAUGUUCAUCUCCAGAUCCUUCUGUCAAUGUGAAGUCUGAAUCAUUAGAGUCUGAUACAAAGAGGGCUGCGGAAACAACAUCUGUUAGAACUCUGGAAAAUCAGCCACCACCUACAAGGAAGUCUGUAAAAAGAAACAAAGAUCACUGCAAUGUGGAAUGUGGCAGAGAAUUCUCUGGCAGGAGUGCUCUUCAGAAGCACACUAGAGUUCACAUUGGAGAGAAGCCGUAUUGCUGUAAUGAAUGUGGUAAAAAGUUUUCACAAAUGGGCCAUCUUCAGAACCACACAAGAAUUCACACAGGAGAGAAGCCAUAUUGCUGCAAUGAAUGUGGUAAACAGUUUACACAAAAGAGCAACCUUCAGAACCACACAGAAAUUCACACAGGAGAGAAGCCAUAUUGCUGCAAUAAAUGUGGUAAACAGUUUACACAAAUGAGCAACCUUAAGGAACACACUAGAAUUCACACAGGAGAGAAGCCAUAUUGCUGCAAUAAAUGUGGUAAACAGUUUACACAAAUGAGCAACCUUCAGAAGCACACUAGAAUUCACACUGGAGAGAAGCCAUAUUGCUGUAAUGAAUGUGGUAAACAGUUUUCACAAAUGGACGAUCUUCAGAACCACACAAGAAUUCACACUGGAGAGAAGCCAUAUUGCUGUAAUGAAUGUGGUAAACAAUUUUCACAAAUGAGCAAUCUUCAGAAACACACUAGAAUUCACACAGGAGAGAAGCCAUAUUGCUGUAAUGAAUGUGGUAAACAGUUUUCAGAGAUGGGCAACCUUCAGAGCCACACUAGAAUUCACACAGGAGAGAAGCCAUAUUGCUGUAAUGAAUGUGGUAAACAGUUUUCACAUAUAGGCACUCUUCAGAGCCACACUAGAAUUCACACAGGAGAAAAGCCUCAUUGCUGUAAUGAAUGUGGUAAACAGUUUUCACAUAUAGGCAGUCUUCACAGCCACACUAGAAUUCACACAGGAGAAAAGCCAUAUUGCUGUAAUGAAUGUGGUAAACAGUUUUCACAUACAGGCAGUCUUCAGAGACACACUAGAAUUCACACUGGAGAGAGGCCGUAUUGCUGUAAUGAAUGUGGUAAACAGUUUUCACAAAUGAGCAAUCUGAAGUACCACACUAGAGUUCACACUGGAGAGAAGCCAUAUUGCUGCAAUGAAUGUGGUAAACUGUUUUCACAUAUAGGCCACCUUAAUAGACACACUAGAGUUCACAGCAGAAUAAAAACAGUAGUAGUUCAAUAAUCAGUGCAGAAAAACUAGAACCCUUCAGGAAUCAAGAGUGAGGUUCAGUCCUCUCCUGAAAGUAAGCAAACUAAACUAUUGUUGAGAAAUUAAUCUCAGAGAGAAGCCAUAGAAUUGUUUGCCAAAUUCCAAACGGCAAUGUCAGAGGAGUUCUCUUCAGAGAAGCACCGGAAUUCACACCAGAGGGAAGCUCAACUGAAAUGUCCUGACUAAAGAGUGAGGU